CCACUUCCCCUCCGAGGACAGGCUGGGCUCCCGGCGCGCCCCUGCCGGCUCCCCCCCAAAAGUUGGAGUCUUCGCUUGCAAGUUGCCAGCGGAGUCGCGCGCCGAGAGCUAGACGGCGCAGAAAGUCAUGGCUUCUCCGGCCAAAGGCAGUGACUUGUUUUCGUCAGAUGAAGAGGGCCCCGCGAUGCUGGCCGGCCCGGGGCCGGGACCUGGGGGCGCCGAGGGCGGCGCGGAGGAGCGCAGGGUCAAGGUCUCCAGCCUGCCCUUCAGCGUGGAGGCGCUCAUGUCCGACAAGAAGCCGCCCAAGGAGUCGCCCGCGGUGCCACCCGACUGCCCCUCGGCUGGCGCUGCCCUGCGGCCGCUGCUGCUGCCGGGACACGGCGUCCGGGACGCACACAGUCCCGGGCCUCUCGUCAAGCCCUUCGAGACCGCCUCGGUCAAGUCGGAAAAUUCCGAAGAUGGAGCGGCGUGGAUACAGGAACCCGGCAGAUACUCCCCGCCGCCUAGACAUAUGAGCCCCACAACCUGCACCCUGAGGAAACACAAGACCAACCGGAAGCCACGCACGCCCUUCACCACAUCCCAGCUUCUAGCCCUGGAGCGCAAGUUCCGACAGAAACAGUACCUCUCCAUUGCAGAGCGGGCAGAGUUCUCCAGCUCUCUGAACCUUACAGAAACCCAGGUCAAAAUCUGGUUCCAGAACCGAAGGGCCAAGGCAAAAAGACUGCAGGAGGCUGAACUGGAAAAGCUGAAAAUGGCUGCCAAACCUAUGCUGCCCUCGGGCUUCAGCCUGCCUUUCCCCAUCAACUCACCUCUGCAAGCAGCAUCCAUUUAUGGAGCAUCUUACCCCUUCCAUAGACCUGUGCUUCCCAUCCCGCCCGUGGGACUCUAUGCCACGCCGGUUGGAUAUGGCAUGUACCAUCUAUCCUAAAGAAGACCAAAUGGACAGACUCCAGGAUGGAUGUUUGCAUAGAAUGACCCCCUCCGAGAAGGUGGUGCCAGUCCAGCUCCUGAAUGCAAGCCUUGCAUGGCAAGCCACCCUAAGCAGCAGGGCCCAAAGGGCCACUUGAUACAGAGUGAAUUUGUUGUUUAGGUGAGAGGCACCAAGACCUAUUUUGUUUUCAUAAUCUCCCAAAUGUCUCCCUUUCCUCUCACAAAUAUUGGCUCUGCUAGUUUUUAUGUAUAAAUAUAUAAUAAAAUAUAAGACGUUUUUAUAUGCCAGAUGUAAAAAUUCAAGUUAUUUUGAAAGGCAAAAUUUAUAUAUACAUUUCUCCAUUUUUCUAGAUCGCAUCUUCUUAAGAUACUGUGUUAAGUCUGUUUGCUACAUUUUCUAAAAGGGAAGAGAUUAUUUGCAGAAUUUGCUAGGGUUUGAGAGGAUCCUGGACUUUCUUAUGGAAAACACACCAGAAGUAGACACAGUACGUACAAGAGGUAGAUUCAAACAGAUUUUUGCAAAUGAAGGGAGGUGUGUAACAUGUUUGCCUAAGAAAAAUCUCUUCUGAGAUGCACAUUUGAUCCUUUUUUUCCUCCUUUUCUCCCUAUUAACUCUUUUCUUUUUUUAUUAAGGUUAGUGAGAGGAGGCUAAGAAUAUCCCUGAGAAUUCCUCAGGGUAAGGUAGAAAGUAGGAAAACUUCUUAACUCCUGUCAGGUCAAUCUUGACUCCAUUCCAGGUCAUUGGAGUUAGAGCUUCAAGGGUAAAACAUGUUUGGAAGAGUUGAUUUCUGUGAAAUGCUAAUGACGUGAGUCCUCACAUGUUGCAAAGGUGAUUGGGGUCGGGUGUAGCAAUUGUCUGCUUAAAAAUCUAGUGCCUUGUAACUAUGAUCUAUAUUUUAAAUAUUCUUCAACAGCUCAUAGAUUCAGGAAGGAAAACCCAUGCUGUGUGUGUGUGCUUACUGUAUGUGCUAAACUUAUUAGGGGAUUUAUAGACUCUAACAUGUUGUUGGGGCGGAGGGCGAAGCCAUCUUUAUUGAUUUGCUGAAAAUGGUGUUGUCAGACAAUACAGUCAGCUUCUUGGUAUUUCACCUUCCUGCCCAUCUCCUCCACCAGUAUAUUUUUAUCCCGUUGGAAGGGUCUCUUGUAUAAUUUUAUAUAUAUUAUUGAAGAGUUAUUUCUUAUCUCUUACUCUGAAUUAAAUUAAAAUGUUUUAUUGUGGUAAA